ACUAGCUUAGCAUGCCCAGUCAUGCCCGCAAUCUGAUAACUGGGGUUACAAGAAUACAAGUUACAACAUAGCAAGCAAGGACACCAUUAAACUCCUUGCUCAACAUUGUCCCACCGUAAGACACGUGGAUAUCUCUGGAUAUGUCAUGUUUUCAAAGUCCCUCUGGCCCACUGCCAGGUGAACACAUGAGCAAAAAGUUGGUUAUCUGCAUAACCGAAUUUCACAUUUACGCUUAUUAUAUUACAGAAUAAUGGCCGCCACAAAGUAUUAAAAGAAUUCCGUUAAGAGAGUGGGAGGAGUUGUUCAACAGCAUCACCUUCCCAUUGUCAGUUUCUGACUUUCUGUGCAUCCUUUCUCUACAAAAGGGAUCCCCUACCUCGCUCCUUCAACACCAUUCUCAUCAAACUACAUAGUAUUUCUUCAAUACCAAAAGACAAAAAGAAAACAUAUAUGCAUCAAACAAUUACAAUGGAACACAGAAUAUCUAAGAUGAGCUUUGCUAUGGUGGUGAUGGCAAUGCUGUGUGCAGGGGCUGCAGCACAAUCGUCAAGUUGCACAAAUGUUAUAGUGAGCCUGUCACCCUGCCUUAACUAUAUCACAGGGAACUCCUCAACCCCAUCUUCAGGAUGCUGUUCCCAGCUUUCCAGUGUGCUGGGCUCGCAGCCACAAUGCCUCUGCCAGGUCCUUAACGGAGGUGGAUCAUCAUUGGGGAUCAACAUCAACCAAACUCAGGCUCUGGCUCUUCCCAGUGCUUGCAAGUUGGGGAAAACCCCAUCUGUCAGUCAGUGUAAAGCUUCUUCCCCCUCCCCAGCAAACUCACCAGCUGGAUCAGCAACAGGAACAGGAACAGCAGCAGAGUCUCCCAACUCUCCAACCACAGAUUCUUCAGGAUCCGGAUCCAAGAGCGUACCUACAACGGAUAGUGGCUCAUCCAGUGGCAAUUCUGUCAAGUUAUCGGUUCCUCUGUUCCUUACUUUGGCAGUACUAUACGCUUCAGCUUUCAGAACAUACUGAUUCUUUCCCUGCUGGCUGGCUUGCCUUUUAUGUUUUAUUUUCUUUUCCUUUUUAUUGCCAUUGUCAAUUUUCAUUGUUUUUCCUCAUGUAUUAUUGAGAAACCCUUGGGCUAAGGGGUUCAAUCUAUUCAUUUUUGUCACCUAUAUUGGAUUAUGUUGUUCUGUAUCAUGGAGAUAUCAUUUUCUCCCAUAUGAAUAAAGAUGCUUGUAAUUGUGGUUUGC